CGUCUUGGCGGUUGCGCCUGCGCGCGGUUGUAGGAGUCGCGGUGGCUGGGUGUCAGGUUUGAUUGCGCGCGAGGUCUAAGGCUUUCCUGCGGGCGGUGCGCGCGAGCUGUGGAAACGUGGUUUGAGACUGCCUGCCUCCUCGAUGAUGCCUGAAAUUAGGGUCACUCCCUUGGGGGCUGGCCAGGAUGUAGGCCGCAGCUGUAUCUUAGUCUCCAUUUCGGGCAAGAAUGUCAUGUUGGACUGUGGGAUGCACAUGGGCUACAAUGAUGACAGGCGCUUUCCUGACUUUUCUUACAUCACCCAGAGUGGCCGUCUGACUGACUUUCUGGACUGUGUAAUCAUCAGCCACUUCCACCUGGACCACUGUGGGGCACUCCCUUACUUCAGUGAAAUGGUGGGCUACGAUGGGCCCAUCUAUAUGACCCACCCUACCCAGGCCAUCUGCCCCAUCCUGUUGGAAGACUACCGCAAGAUCGCAGUGGACAAGAAGGGCGAGGCCAACUUCUUCACUUCUCAGAUGAUCAAAGACUGCAUGAAGAAGGUGGUGGCUGUUCACUUGCACCAGACAGUUCAGGUGGAUGAUGAACUGGAAAUCAAGGCGUACUAUGCAGGCCAUGUGUUGGGGGCAGCCAUGUUCCAGAUUAAAGUGGGCUCAGAGUCUGUGGUCUACACGGGUGAUUAUAACAUGACUCCAGACCGGCAUUUGGGGGCUGCUUGGAUUGACAAGUGUCGUCCCAACCUGCUCAUCACAGAGUCCACAUAUGCCACAACCAUCCGAGAUUCCAAACGCUGCAGAGAGCGAGACUUCCUGAAGAAAGUUCAUGAGACUGUGGAGCGUGGCGGAAAGGUGCUGAUCCCUGUGUUUGCGCUGGGCCGAGCACAAGAACUCUGCAUCCUGCUGGAGACCUUCUGGGAGCGCAUGAACCUGAAGGUGCCCAUCUACUUCUCUACGGGCCUGACAGAGAAAGCCAACCAUUAUUACAAGCUCUUCAUCACCUGGACCAACCAGAAGAUCCGGAAGACAUUUGUCCAGAGGAACAUGUUUGAGUUUAAGCACAUCAAAGCCUUUGACCGGACAUUUGCUGACAACCCAGGACCCAUGGUUGUAUUUGCUACACCUGGGAUGCUGCACGCUGGCCAAUCCCUGCAGAUCUUCCGAAAAUGGGCAGGAAAUGAGAAGAACAUGGUCAUCAUGCCUGGCUACUGUGUGCAAGGUACUGUGGGCCACAAGAUCCUUAGUGGGCAACGCAAGCUGGAAAUGGAAGGGCGUCAGAUGCUGGAGGUAAAGAUGCAAGUGGAGUACAUGUCCUUCAGUGCCCACGCCGACGCCAAGGGCAUCAUGCAGCUGGUGGGGCAGGCAGAGCCCGAGAGUGUGCUGCUGGUGCAUGGCGAGGCCAAGAAGAUGGAGUUCCUGAGGCAGAAGAUUGAGCAGGAAUUCCGGGUCAGCUGCUACAUGCCAGCCAACGGUGAGACAGUGACGCUGCCCACAAGCCCCAGCAUCCCUGUGGGCAUCUCCCUCGGACUGCUGAAGCGCGAGAUGGUACAGGGUAUGAAGGGCAGGCUGGGGCAUGGGUCAAGGGGGCAGGUAACUGGUGGCUGGGUUGACUGCAUCAUUCCAUUCUUCACAGGACUGUUGCCUGAAGCCAAAAAACCUAGGCUUUUACAUGGCACCCUAAUUAUGAAAGACAAUAAUUUCCGGCUGGUAUCCUCGGAGCAAGCCCUCAAGGAGUUGGGCCUGGCCGAACACCAACUGCGCUUCACCUGUCGUGUGCACCUGCAGGACACACGCAAAGAACAAGAAACAGCCCUACGUGUGUACAGCCAUCUCAAGAGCACCCUCAAGGACCACUGUGUACAGCAUCUCCCGGAUGGCUCUGUGACCGUGGAGUCCAUUCUUAUCCAAGCUGCUGCCCACUCAGAGGAUCCUGGUACUAAAGUGCUUCUGGUCUCCUGGACUUACCAAGUAAGGAGGAUGAGCAUCACUAGUACUCCUGGAGAUCUCACUCGGUAUUGUGUUGUUUGUAAUGUUUAACUGUGGUUCCCUUUCUUACAGGAUGAGGAGCUGGGAAGCUUUCUCACAGCAUUGCUCAAAAAUGGCCUUCCCCAGGCUCCCAGCUGACAUGUAUCCACCAGUAACCCACCGCUGUGGUCUCUUUCAGUUUUCCCAGCAUCAGAGUCAUAGGCUGGCUAAAGUAAUAAACAGGCCUUUUUGUUC